UAAUAACUUUAGUCGUUUCAAUUUUUACGAUGAAUUUAACUGAACGAGAAACUAAAAUAGCUGCUGCAAAACUAAAGCUUGAAGAAUAUAAAUUACGAAAAGACGGACACAUCUUAAAAGAAAAUAAUGGAUAUAUGAAUAGAAAUCCCCCUAUAUUUAUGGGGACUGCAGAAAUAAUUACAAGUUCUAAUGUCGAGCAUAAUGAUGGAUAUACAUAUAACUAUAUAAGCAAUUUAAAUAAUAAAAUCUUAGUGAAUCAUCCACUGGAAGAAAGGAGAGGAUCUUUUAAUAAACAGAAUUCAAUAGUUAAUAGUCUGAGUUCAGAAGAUAUAUCAAAUUUUUCCAAUGAUCAGAUAUAUAUUCACCCUAAUUUUGCAUCAAAAUAUUAUGAGGAUAACCAAAAAUAUUACAAUGAUCUUAACUCUACAAUGCAUAAUAGCAUUCCCCAAAAUACAUUUGCAGAAAAUCAGAAUCAUUUUUAUAGCCAGGAAAACAAGAUUAUCAACAAUAGAGAUAAGGAUGUGAUAAUUGAAAUAAAAGAUUCAUCUAAAAUGACAAAUACUUUGCAGAUGACUCCAGUUUUGAAUGAAAAUAAUAAAAUUUUGCCAAACAAAGAUCAAGAAUUUAUUCAUAGAUUAAAGAAUUAUAAGGAAAAUUUGGAAGCAGCUCUCAAUCUAACUCACAAAUUUGUUGCUAGCCUCUUGGGUUCUCCAGCUGAUUCAACCGAGGUAGUAGAGAGAACGCAUGCCGCUUACGCAUCCGAACUCCGGGACACCCUGAAGGAUUUAAAUCUAUACCUACCCGACGCAGCCGAAAAAGUUCUCGAAGCUUCUCCGACGGAGUUUCAGAUUAAAUUCGACCUAACCUUAAAAGAAAUCGAACAGAAAAAUUUGCUGAUCGAGGAACUGGAGAGAAUCGAACGCGAAAGAAUCAAACAGACCAAAAAUUUAACCCAAAAUAACGCCUCGCUUUCUUUGCUAUUAGACCAAAAAAAAUCCGAAAGCGAAUUUUACCAAAAAAAAUGUGCCGAAUUGGAAAAUUCCCUUCGAAAUUUCCAACAGCGCAUACAAGAAUUGAAGGCCGAUGCCCAGGACGGUAAGAAUUUGCUCAAACAAACCGAAUCUGAUAAAAUCGCCACGAGUAGAGCCCUUGCACAAAAUAAGGCCCUGAAAGCGCGACUGGAGGAACUGGAAAAUAAUUACGUUGUGAAGAUAUUCUCGGAAACCGGAAAGUGCUCGAUUUUUAGAGAAACCCAAGACACGUCUUAA